UGAAAAGCAGACGCCAGACAGAGUGAUCCUUGCGCCAGCCGGUUGAAGGAUUGGCUACUCUGCUCUAGGAGACUAUAUCGAAUCGAAGAUGGAGAACACGCAGAACACGACAGAGGCUUCCCCAGAGGUCGCAUCCCUUGGGUCGACCUUCGCACUGUCUUCGCCUAUAUUGCUCGUUGCAUCUCUCUCACUUGCGGUCCUUGUAAUCGCUAUCUUUGCCUUCUGGUAUCGAAGAAAAUCUUCCUCGAGAGGCAAUGUGGUGCUCUUCGUGGGCCCACAGGACUCUGGAAAGACUGCAAUACUGUCUACAUUAGUUUAUAGACAAACACUUCAGACGCACGCUUCUUUACAAACGAACACGUCCACAAUUUCACUUCCCAAUGGCAAAGUAGUCUUGGCCGCAGAUAUCCCUGGUCAUCCCCGAAUUAGGGAUCAGUUCCGGGAACAACUCCCUAAUGCGAAGGCCGUUGUCUUUGUGGCAGACGCCACUGCUGUCUCACGCAAUGGGCCCGCAGUAGCAGAACAUCUUCAUCAAGUGUUGCAUGCAUUGACUGCCAUCCCACCAUCCCAGGCCGCACCCAAUCUGAUAAUCCUUGCCCAUAAAUGCGACCUUCUCAAGACGAGUGCUUCCGCUGGACUGUCUCCCGAACAAGUCGCCAUCAACCGUGUACGAACGGUUCUUGAACGGGAGCUCGAGAAGAGACGUGCGUCGCAGAGUGGCGGUGUUGGGAUCGAGGGAUUGGGUGCUGAGGGAGAGGAAACGUCCGAGAUGGGUGGUCUCGAGUGCAGUGGGCCUUCUGGAGGGGCCUUCAAGUUUGCGGAGUGGGAAGGCGGAGAGAUAGAGUUCUUAGGGACGUCGGUAUCUGUUGGCAGGAAGUUGGACGACGAACAGGAAAAGGGGGACGUUCACCAGUUGACGGGAUUCGUGCAGUGGCUAGAAGAACUCCCCUAACUUUCUUGCCCUUCCCUAAUAUUCACGAAGUCUGUUUCGCAUAGUCUGGAAUAAGUAUAAC